GCAUACCAAUCAAAAGUAUAGAAAAACAAGAACAGAAAUCGAAAAGCGAGAGGGCGCCCACGUACACUUGUACUUCAACAGCGACAUCAGCAUCCAUCAUCUCAAGCAGCCACCUCCGCCCUCAGCCUCGGUUUUUCGGUUUUUGUCAUAAUUACAUCAAGAAAGCACCACCAAGUAUGAUUUUACCUAAUAACAGCCAUGAUAGUGAUACAACAAAACUGCCGAAUACUGAUCUCUCUUUCACCACACCCCAAGUUUCCGACGGUGCCCCCGACGAUGCAUGCUUAGUCUGCAAGUUGCCGAAGAGGAUAUGUUGCCCGAUGGCUUUUCGUUUUUGUGUAGAUAGGAAGCAUGAAGUUCUGAACGCCCACAGGCUCUUUCGAGGGGGUUACAUUCUCAAAACCCUGAAAACGGUGCCCCAUCACCAGAGGCAAAACGCCAUCAGAUCUCUUAUUUUUGAAGCCAACAUGCGGGCGGUAGAUCCCGUUGGGGGUUGUCAAAGCUUGAUUCGCACGAUGGGAAAAAGAUUACAUUUCUGUUGCUCGGAACUAGAACUUGUAUUGGAAAAGCUGGCGUUUUGUAAGUCUCAAGUACUGCAGAAUGAUGAGACGCCCAACUCCAACACGUGUGAUUCCAUUCAGAUACAGAAUACCAUAUGCAAGCAGCCUGUUGAUGUCGGAAGCGUGUUAUUACAUGAAGGAUCGAGUAGCCAAGUACUGCACCUUGCCAAGACAGGAUUCAGAGAUGACGUUCUGCCUCAACCAUCCUAAGGAUACUGCAAGCUACCUUGUUAGCUCUUGAAUACAAAUGACCUUUUGUGAUAGCAAACGCUAGACAGUCUGUCACCAUGCAAAUCAAGAAAUUUGAAGCUGUUUCCAUUUCUUUCUUUUGAUUGAGGAUUAAAG